AUGUCCGAUGCUGGCUGUGCAAGUUACGCGGCACUGGGUGCUUCACUCGCUGAGGCUGAGGCCGGGUUUGGCACGGCUGGUGUCCUUCUCACCUCGUGGGAGUGGCGAUUCGGCAAGGGUUCGGUGUAUGGACCGGUCUCCAUCCCGGAUGUUAUUUUUAUCAACAAGAAAUUCCGGGACUGUAUUCAAAAGUGCGGAAAACAACUGGUGCCCCAAUAA